GCUAUGUGCAUGGGAAGGGGAGGAGAGCCUGUGGAGAUGGGCUGAGCAGGCUCUGGUUAGGCAGGUUCUCCCUCUUUUGUCUGCCACUGUGUUUUCAAAAAGCUUCAGAAGUUGUUGACUGAAGCCAGUGCUUCACCAGCUGGGACUGGGCGCAGAAGGACAACUUCCUCAGCAGGAGCUCCAGGCACACAAGGAGGCCAGAGGUCUCCAGAGUGAAGGUGGGAAGCAGCUGCUCCUCUGUCUACACUGAAACCUGCCGGCACCAUGGUAUUUCAGGCGGUUGGGAAAUUAUUGGGGAAGCACAGUAAACUAAAAAAGAAGGUGGCAGCAGAAAGCGAGAAGCUCUACCUAGAGCCGCGCUAUACUGGGGCUCGAAUACUAGAUGCUGAUGUCUUAAUGCUGGUGGCAUUGCCGAAAGGACUCAAUGUAGACGAAUGGCUGGCCAGUAAUGCCUCUGCCUUCUACAACCACGUCAGCCUCAUGUACGGUUCUAUAUCUGAAUUCUGCACGGUAUCAUCAUGCCCAACAAUGAAGGCCUGGUCAACGCAGAUUCAGUGGACGGAUGAGAAAGGGCGGAAGAGAAAAUGCUCAGGCCCGCAAUACGCAGACUAUGCCGCCAGCAUCGUUCAGAAAAUACUGACAGAUGAAGACUUGGUUCCUACCAAACAAAGUAAAGAGUUUUCAAAGUCCUUCAGACCAGCCAUCCAGAAAAUCUUCCGGCUUCUUUUUCACCUCCUGGGCCACAUCUACACCUGUCACUUCAGAACGGUGGUGAACCUUGAACUGCAUCCCCAUCUUAACACCCUGUACCUGCACCUUCUCCUCUUCUGUGCAGAAUUUCACCUCCUUGAUUCCAAAGAAAUGUCCUUAAGUGAAGACUUAACCACAGCCUUGAUACAUUCCAGCCCACCUCCCCGAACCUCAGGCCACUCCCGUAACACUUGAACCAACCCCAUAGAUAGGUCCCUAUCUUUUCUAUGUAUACUGCCACCAGGACUUGUUACCUUAUGAAUAUUUUAAAAUCUGUAAUAUUUUUGUGUAAUCUAAUAUUUGGCGUGGCACCUUGAGCACAACUUCUGAUCGCCAGACUAAAGGUUACAAAGUACAACAAUAGACGUGUCGCAGAGCAUUUUCGGACAUGCGUAUGAAGGCGGCUUGCUGCAUAGCACAGAACUGGUUCGAGCUGACUGUACACCGAGGGACCCACCAAGUGCAUGAAGCAGAAAACAAAUGAGCGUGCAUCGAUUCACAAGAUCUGCUUAGACAAGCAAAGGACGGACAUGGUUCGCAAAGACAUUUUAUAUGUUACCAGGCAGAAGAAGGUUUCUAUGGGCGAUGGUGUUUUGUGCUACCAACACUGGAUGACAUAGACUUUUUCAUGUCAAUUUUACUAAGGUCAGAAUUUCCAGAAUGGGCACUUUUUUUUUUUUUUUUUCUUUUAAUCAAGGGUUUUUUGUGUAUUUUUUUUAUUUUAUAAAUAACCAUAUUUUAAUUUAAUUAUUAAUGGAUAAUGGAUAGUACUGACAGUUACAUGUAUAUUUUACUUCAGGGGAUAUGUUACUUUUUCUUAAGAAAAAAAAAACGCACUUAACUUUUGUAAU